AAGAAAUCAGUUCACUCAGAAGAUCCAUUCAAUGAUGAACAACGAGAACGGCAUGAAGUGGAAAUGCUUGCCAAGAAGUUCGAGGCAAAAUACGGUGGAAAGCCCCACAAACAUCGGAAAGAUCGUCUGCAGGACCUGAUUGAUAUAGGUUAUGGUUACGAUGAAACUGACCCUUUCAUUGAUAACUCUGAAGCGUAUGAUGAAUUGGUUCCUGCAUCCCUGACAACCAAAUAUGGAGGGUUUUAUAUCAACACUGGUACACUACAGUUCCGCCAGGCAUCGGAAUCAGAGGAUGAAGACUUUGCAGAAGACAAAAAGCAUAGGCCACCAAAAAUAGCAAAGUUAAAAGAAAGUGAAGAUCAUGCGAUGAAGAAGCGCAAGAGGAAAGAUGAAGGGACAGAAAAGGAGAAGAAGCCUCGGAAAAUGAAAGUUCCUAAACAGUUGGGAGUAAUGGCCUUAAAUUCACACAAGUCUGAGAAGAAGAAAAAGAAAUUGUAUAAAGACUCGCUCUCUCUGGCUGCCAUGAUCCGUAAAUUUCAAAAGGAGAAGGAAGCCAUGAGGAAGAAGGAAUCUAGUCCAAAACCUCCAGUGACUGUUGCAACCUCUACCCCUAGUAAAAUUCCUUCCUCUUCUCUCAGUGCAGGAAAUGAUAUCUCUGACUUGAAUCUUAGGAUCAGUGAUCCUGUCCUCUCCAUUUUUGGUAGCACAAAUGAACCUGAGCUCCUGCAAGAAGCUGAAAGUGCCCUGGAGAUGCUGGGAGACAUUGACUUUGACAAGUUGCUUGAUGGCACUUCUGAUGGCAGCCCAGUAUCUGAGCUGUCAGGAGAAAAUGGAAAUGUCACUCAGGCAACCUACACCUCUCAGGUCAUGACACCCAAGCAGGUGCCUGCCCUCCCAGAGGGUCUGCCUGUGCUACUUGAAAAGCGCAUUGGAGACCUUCGAACAGCUGCCAAGAUGUUUGAUGAAGAAGGCAGGAAGAAGUUUUUCACACAAGACAUGAAUAAUAUUCUGCUGGAUAUUGAGCUGCAGUUGCAGGAGGUAAAUCCUGCCAUCCGCAAUGGAGUGUACUCUCACCUUGAGGCUUUUGUGCCAUGCAAUAAGGACACAUUGAUAAAGCGUCUGAAGAAGUUACACCUCAAUGUCCAGGAUGACCGCUUGAGAGAACCACUGCAAAAGCUGAAACUGGCUGUCAGCAAUGUCAUGCCUGAACAGUUAUGCAAGUAUCAGGAGGACUGUCAGGCUCGCAGUCAGGCCAAGAAUGCCAAGUUGCAAGCAGAAGAUGAACGAGAUAAAAAUGGAUCAGAGGAAGAUGAUGAUGAGAAACCUGGAAAGAGGGUUGUUGGACCCAGAAAGAAGUUUCACUGGGAUGACACAGUGAGGUCUCUGUUGUGUAAUCUUGUCAAGAUCAAGCUGGGAUGCUAUGAGCUAGAGCCAAAUAGAAGUCAGUCUGCUGAAGAUUACCUCAAAACUUUUAUGGAAACAGAAGUGAAACCACUUUGGCCUAAAGGCUGGAUGCAGGCAAGGAUGCUUUUUAAAGAAAGCCGAAGUGUUCACAAUCACCUCACCUCUGCUCCGGCAAAGAAGAAGGUGAUUCUGGCCCCUAAACCCAAAGUGAAGGACUCUAGUCCAAAGAAAGAACAGAAACCCUGUAUGUCUUCAGGCAAUUCAAGUUGUGCUGCUGUACUGAAUUCCAGUGCACCUGUCUGCACUGUAGCCAGCUCUAGCUGCACCCCAGCUCCAGAGACGAUCUGCUUGGAUGACUCACUGGAUGAAGACCUCUCUUUCCACCCACCCUCACUGGACUCGAUUUCUGAUGCUUUGGCAGUUAUAAAUAAUGGUGCCAAGGGAUCACCUCUUGGGUCCACCAUAGACACAACAACAUCCAGACCUCGCCCUGGGCUGAGGGAAGAGAAAUUAGCAAGCAUUAUGAGUAAGUUGCCUCUGGCAACUUCAAAGAAAGUAGAGCCCACUCAAACACCCCAUUCAUCAAGUCUUAUUGCUGGUCACACAGGGCCAGUACCAAAGAAACCCCAGGACCUAGUUCACACUGGUAUCUCUUCAGGCCUUAUUGCUGGAUCUUCAAUUCAAAAUCCUAAAGUUUCCUUAGAGCCUUUGCCAGCCAAACUACUUCAGCAAGGACUACAGAGGUCAAGUCAGAUCCAAGCUGCUUCCUCCUCUUCUCAGACUCAUGUUUCUUCCUCUAAGACCCAAGCAGCUAUUUCCACCUCCUCUCAAAGAACCAAGGAUGCUAAUAUCUUGGUAUCAUCUUCUGAGGCUCAAGGUGGCUCUUCCUCAACAUCACAAGUGACAAAGGUGCACCAGCAUUCAGCUGUACAGCAGAAAUAUGUAUCUCCUUUACAAGCAACUAUUAGUAAAUCACAGACCAAUCCAGUGGUGAAAUUGAGUAGUAAUCCCAAACUGUCUUGCUCAUCACCCGUCAUCAAGGCUCAAGAUAAGUCUGUAGUAUAUCGCCUGCCUUUGUCUAAUCCCUCAUCUGGAAGUGGCUCUCAAGUGUCUCACCCACUGGUUUCUCGGACAUCAUCCAGCACCUCUACCUCUAGUAACUAUUUAGCCAAGGCUAUGGUGUCACAAGUUUCUUCCCAGGGUUUCAAGCCUCCCUUCUCCAUGGCUGCCUCUCCCAAACCUGCUGCCUCUCCCAAGCCUACUUCAUCUAAGCCCUCUGUGACACCCAAGCCCAACGCAUCGCCUAAAUUUUCAUCCAAGUCCACCUCAUCCCCCAGGCCUGCAACAACACCCAGUUCUUCCAGUUCAAGUGCACUAGUUUCCCAGAGUAGCCACUCCAGCAACAACCCCCUUCAUAAACAGACCAGUGGUGUAAAUAUCAGCAGGCAGUCUCCCACAGUGAAUUUGCUGUCCUCUAAUCGCACCUCAGGCCUUCAGCCUGCAAAGAACCCUCAGGCUUCUUCAAAAUUGCCCAACUCUACUCCUUCUGGAACUGUUGGUAAAAAUAAUUUGGGUGGAGUUGGAAUGAAUGUACCUGCCAGCAGAGGCAGUAACCUUAACUCAAGUGGAGCUAGUAGGACUAGUCUGUCUGGGGGAGCAGGAAGUGGAACACAGGGUGCUACUAAACAAUUGUCAACUCCACACAGACCAUCUUCUGCCUCAGGGUCUCCAGUUGUAGCAGUCAGCGUGCAGUCAACAGCAGGAGCAUCGUUACUGGCUAAUGCCUCACCUCUGACUCUCAUGGCAUCACCCCUGUCUGUCACCAGUCAGAACGUGACGUCUGCACCAUUAACUCCUUUUGGGAUGCUGGGUGGCCUUGUUCCUGUGACUGUGCCCUUCCAGUUUCCUUUGGAGCUGCUUAGCUUUGGGACGGACACAGCUGGAGUGACAACCACCUCGGGAUCUACCUCAGCGGCUUUCCACCACAGCCUAACUCAGAACUUACUGAAGGGUUUACAGCCAGGUGCUCAGCAUGCAGCGACGCUGUCUCACUCACCUCUGCCUGCUCACUUGCAGCAAGCUUAUACAGAUGGAGGCCAAAGUAAAGGGGACACUAAGUUACAGCGGAAAAACCAGUGACUUCUGGACAAGCAAGGGAGCUGAAGCAGUUCUGGUUGGCUGACAGAAUCUGCCCAGUUGGGAAAGUGCUUAUUGUCACAGGGCUGCUGUUUCUGUCGAUGUUUACAUAUUCUGAUCCUAAGCACUGUGGUGAGAGGAAGAAGAAAAAUAAAACAAUACUUGAUCAAAGAGAGAAGGAAAAGGAGGACUGGUCCUCCUGGUCAUGCAGUCUGGUCAUAGUUUGAUAUUGCCUAGAGAAACAACUUUUUUAUCUGCUCUGAUUGGCUCUUAAAAGAAAUUGAUCGUCAAACCCACAGCAGCACCAACAUUCUUUUUUUGGGUGAAGUCCAAUGAAAAGCGUGAGAGGAGCUAGAAUAGGUUUCUCCAUCCAUUGUGUAAGGUGGAAUCAUCCACUUCGUUAGUGCUGAAAGUGCCCAAUAUGAGAUCAUGUGUAGGUCCUGAGCAUAC